GAGAACAAGUACCACAAAUCCAGGAAGCUUCCUCUAUAUACUUUUCUGCAAACCAGAUUCCAUUUUUAGAACCAUAUACACCUCACUUGGUAUUAACAAGAAAGCCAAAAGCAAAGGAAAAAUGCAUCGCAUUUCUUCCUUUUCAAUCUCUUUGUGCGGCUUCUUGUUUUUCCUGAUGAUUCCUCACGAAAAACUCUCCGCCGUUGCAAUAUCCGUUGACAUAAUCACCCAAACCUGCGAAAAAUGCGCAGCUGAAUCCGACGUGCUUAGCUACAACGUUUGUGCAGCUUCUCUCCAAGCAGUGCCUGUCAGCCAUGUGACUAACCUUCAAGGACUGGCAGUGAUAGCAAUGGAGCUGGCACUGCACAAUGCAACCAACACGCUUUCGACCAUAAAGGAGUUGUCGAAUAACAAAAGUUUGGAUCCUUUUGCUCUGGUUUGCUUGAAGGAUUGCUUGCAGCUAUACUCGGACGCGAUCACAACGUUGGCGGAUGCGAUCGGAGCAUUUCUGAGUGAGGAUUAUGGCACGGCGAAUACCUGGGUGAGUACAGUCAUGGAAGCAACAACUACAUGUGAGGGAGGGUUUAAGGAGAAGGAAGGUGAAGUGUCUCCAUUGACAAAUGAGAAUUACAAUCUUUUUCAGUUAUGUGAUAUUGUACUCUGCAUAAGUAACUUGCUUAAUUACUCAAAGUCUACAGCAACUUGAUUAUUUCUCAGGUGGAAUAAGAGCUCUGCAAUUAUCUGGAUUUUUAAUUCUUCAGUACAUGAUUUUUAAUUAAUUGCACAAGCGAUAUUGAUGGAAAGGAAAA